GAGUACUGGGUGUUCCUUGUCCACAAGGACGCCCAGAGCCAUAGACAUUUCCUCGAAUCAACCAUAGGCGUCGGUUUACUGAUUCCAUUCCUUGACUGUCCUCCGCGCAUUUAUAGUUUUCCCGAAGGACCAUUCGAUUUUCUUGUCAACAAUGCGAAUCUCCACUUGAGUCUUUAUGAGUUCGACCCGAGACCAUCGGCCGCAAAUAUGGCUAAGUUCGAGGGAGCAUUAAAAGACCUUUGGAACCCACACGCAGUUAUCUUCGCGCCGGAAAACGACGAGAUGGCCUCUUCCUUUCUAGGAGUGACUACCGAGACGAAGAGCCUGCUUUCCGCGGCCCGAAACUCGAGCAUCGAUGCACCGCAGUAUACUGUGCAGAGCCAGGUCAUUAGUGUGGACCAAUUCGUUGUGUCCAACGACUCAGAUACACCAAAAAUCCCAUGUCGGAUUACGACUGCAGGAAUGCUCCGUGUCGACCCUCGUCUUUACGGCAAUGUCUCCUGUGACGAUUCAGAAUUUGGAGUCACAGCACGGCCUCAAGGCAUCUGUUUUCGACCCAUGGAAGACAUUACUGACGCAGACUGGUUCAGUCGCAAUGAGUUUGAUCAACCAACUACCGACACUCACGGAAAAUGCUUCAGCAUAACCACAAUCCACUUCGCCCAGGAACACGCCGACGGGGAUCUCAAAGGGGAUUGUGCGAUUCACCAUGGACUGGAGAUGCUCCACUGGUGCAAAGAAGAUCACAACCCACAAAUUGUAAUCAUCAUCGCGGCGUGGAAACAGGAAAUGAGCUUCAAGCACUUCGAGGCAAUUCUCUCAGAGAAGCUCUCCCCGAGCAAUGAUCUAUCUCUUACCACGCGCGAUCCCGAGUUCAUAUCCUUUCCGGCGCAAGAACCGCCCGACUGGGACGACAACACUGUCGUCGAGCUAAUCACUUUCGACUUCCCAAAACCCCUGUCGCAUGUCGAAAAGGCCGCUUUCGAGUGGUAUCUGAACAAGUUCCUUGCCACUAUGCAGCCCUCCGGCCCCGACGAUUCCAGUAUCGUGCAGCCCUUUGGACCGCUUUGGUCCGCCGGAUCAUCGCAUCAGUGUUUUGUUGCCAUCAACUGGACCGAGAUACCUGCGCGUGAGGCGUGGCUGAGGAACUUCCUUGCGCAUCCGUAUGAUGUCGCUGGGUAUCUGGUGCAUGGGAUUUCCUUGGCAGGGGCGGUGGUGAAAAGUAGAACGGGGACGCUGCAUGCGAUUCAUCACUCGGGGUCAAAGUAUGCAGAGGACGAUGCGGCUAACGCGGGAGAUGAGGAUGAAAUAGACUUGAAGUUUUAGGGCUAUGGGUUCCUGCGAUUCGAGGGUAACAUCCGGGCACAAUACUCUUAGACGCAUAUAUGACCGAGGUGAAGAUAUACUGUCGAAAAUCGAACAGAUUGGGG